UCUGUGAAAGGAUCCCAGGCCAGCAAGCAGUUGGGAAUGUGUGCUCUGGUUGGUCUAGGUGUCGAGUGUCACCAGCUGUUUGGGGCUGGUAUAAAGGGCAGGGAGGGCUGCGAGCUGUUGGCCAGCAUUUCACAAGUAGCGACAUAUGCUAAGGAGGAGUUCUCAGUCUACUGACCUUCUUUAGUGCAUAGCUGAAACGUAGCGGAGAGUGAAUCUUAGUUUACUGACAACAUUUCUGGUCUGGAAGCUUUUCCAUUAUGGAUGUCCAGAGGACAGGAUCAAUGGUUCGGCCAUCCAGCCCCAUGGAUAGUCUCGAGAAGCAGUUGAGCUGUCCCAUCUGUCUGGACAUGUUCACCAAACCUGUGGUCAUCCUGCCCUGCCAGCACAACUUGUGCCGUAGUUGUGCCAGUGACCUGUAUGAUUCACGUAACCCAUACCGCUUUUCUGGUGGUGUUUUUCGCUGUCCUACCUGUCGGUUUGAGGUUGUACUUGACCGGCACGGGGUGCACGGCCUCCAGCGCAACUUGCUGGUAGAAAAUAUCAUCGACAUCUACAAGCAGCAACAAGAAUGCAGUCUCAGUGGAGGCACCGAAACCAACCUGAAGGCUAAAGACUGCAAAGAACCGAUGUGCCAAGAACACGAGGAUGAAAGAAUCAACAUCUAUUGUGUGACGUGCCAGGUUCCCACCUGCUCCAUGUGCAAAGUUUUUGGCCAGCACAAAGACUGUGAAGUGGCACCUCUAGCAGGCAUAUACCAGGCACAGAAAGGCGACCUGAGUAACGCUAUUGAUGCACUAGUGGCCAGUAAUGGACGUCUGCAGGCACUGCUCAACCAAAUGGAAGAUGUCACCCGUGCAAUACAGGAGAAUUCUCAGCGUACUAAACAAAGGCUAGCCGAACGCUUUGACCUGCUGUAUGCUGUGCUGGAAGACCGCAAGACUGUGCUGCUGGAUGAGAUUGGUAAAGAGCAGGAUGAAAAGGUGGCAGCUCUGCAGGCACUGGCUCAGUGUUAUGGUGAACGACUGCAAGCAAGUUCUGAGCUGACGGAUACAGCAGUGAGAGCGCUGGAGCAGAGCAGUGCUGCUGAGUUUCUGUUAGCUUCCAAGGGCCUUAUCGCACAGACUAAGGAUGCAGCUAAAUGCUCACUGAACGAAGAGAGGCCGGAACCAGGCUUUGAGAACAUGGACCACUUCACGUUGUCAACAGAGCAUAUUGAAACAGUUCUUGCUAAAAUGGACUUUGGCGUGGUGGAUGAUGAUGACUUUGAGGAUGCAGAGGAGGAAGAAGAGUAAUGGAAGAUAAAGUGACUGCUACUUUUUAUGCUACCAAUGUUUCUUGUAGGGAUAUUGAAAGAAACCAUUGUGAGCUUCCUUUCAUCAGUGCAAUACUUAAAUGUAAUGUUACAGUCAUACCUUUUCAGUGUGUGUGUGUUUUAUACUUUUGUACUUCUGAGAGUUAAAUGCUGGUUUAGAAAUGUCCUUGACAAUGUUUCCUUCACAUGUAGUUUAUGGAAACUUAUGUUGCUUUUAUUUUCUCACUUUGUCUGAGACUGUUGAACUAAUAGUGUGACUUGAAUUUGUGAUCAUAUGCUGUAACAACAGUGAAACCUAGAAUAAAGCUGCAUGAAAUUA